AGUGUCAGCUGUCUGAGAACGUUAUAACAAUGGUUAUCACGAUGAGAAUUAUAACUAUAGUUCUAUAACUAUAAAAGCGCAAAACUCAGCUUCCCCUCCCCCUCCAUUUUUCGUAGAUACGCCCCCGGUUGCAGACCAGGCCUCCCCAGAGCCGAAUCUUCUCAUUCCGCGGACCAGGGAGCGUGGCUUCAAGGGCAACCCGAACGGCUGAUUGCCCAUGGAGGGGUGGACACGCCCUUGGACGGAGAUGGGACGGCCCACCUGCCCUUUCUGCCCAGAAGCACCUGGACGCGCCGGUGCGGGUGGGCACAAGGGCGGGUCGCGCGGGGCUUUGCGCUCGCCUGGGCACCUCUUGCACUCAAGACUCGCGUGCUGAAACCAGAUUGUAAGAGCUGAGGUUCUGAGCUUUGCCUGGGACCACUCAAGGAGUCUGUAACUGAGUCCUCAUCUGGGACCUACCCAUUGUCUGGGAUCUCUGCAGAGGAAUGAAAACAAGAAAGUCACCAGACACUUAAUAAAGGAGAGCAGUGACCUGGUGUGGAAGAUUACAGGAAAGGACUAUUGAGGUUGCAUGAUGGAAAUGUAUGGGGUUCGUGUGGCUGAAAAGGAUGCCUGCAGUACCACAAUAACCAAUUCAGCUGCUGAUUGUAUAAAUGAUAAGCCCAUCCUACUGCUAGAGAUAGAGGAAGUCAACCCGCCCCCUUCCAAUCUCAGUGGCAUCCUUCCUGCAUCUUCAGAUGAACCGGAUCUUCCUCUAGUUCUGCCCUGUUCAGAAGAUGAAAAUUCUGUGAGCACAUCUGCAAAAAUGUCAACCUACUGCCGAAAAUGGAGGUUGGCCAGAAAUGGUGUCUAUGUCCCAAGCACCACUUGUAAUUACCUUUGUGAAUGUAAGGAUCUGGAACUCUGGUCAUCUGGGCAUUCCUCACAUCUUCAGGGAGGUCUGAAGGAAGAGGAGGAGAACUUCAUCAUCCUUGUUGACUCUCUUGAUGAUGAGAAUCUGCCGCCUCGGCUGAGCCAAGUUUUGCCUUACCACUGUGAGAGGUGUGGGAAAUCAUUCCAAGACCUCUGUCGGUUAGAGGAGCACAAAAAGAAAUACGCCGCUGGAUGUUCGUAUUGGUGCCCAGUCUGUGGCAAAGAGUUUUUCCGCUCCGCUAACUUACGGAUGCACCGACUGACCCAUUCCACAGACAGACCACACAAGUGCCCAGAAUGUGACAAGGGUUUCAUCCGCACCGCUGAUGUCUGGAGACAUCUCCACAGCUUUCACAAGAUCAGUCGCUCCGGUGUUGUUCUGGGAGAUGCUAAUGUCAAGAACCCUUGGUCUGUUCUGUAUCAGAGCCAGGUUCAAAGCCGCAACCCUGGGCAGGUGGGCGGUGCCACCCGAAACCCCAGAGAAGGUAGUUCCAAGCACUACCAAUGCCCAGUAUGCUGCAAAGUUUUUAGUAAAGCCAGUUUGCUUUCCAGGCACAAGCUAAGCCACAAAAAGGAAAAGCCGAACCAGUGUCACCAAUGCGGCAUGACUUUUGUUCAACUGGCGAGGCUGAAAAAGCAUCAGCAGACACACACUGGUGAGCGCCCUUUCCUCUGCAAAGAAUGUGGCAGUGCCUUUGCGCGCCUUGCUUCACUGCGCCGCCAUCAGCGUACCCAUACAGGAGAAAAACCUUACUCUUGUGCCUACUGUGGCCAGUCUUUUGCUGAAUCAGGCACCUUAAGGAGGCAUGAAGGAAUUCACAAAGUAGUUCAGCCAUAGGACUUGAUAUGGAGAUUGCUGGUCAUAGGGUUUUGUGAUAAUGGUGUUUACCUGUCUUAAAAUACUGAGAAACUGUGUUGGGAAUUGCAUCAUUCUGCCAAAUGCUGCAAAAUGACAGGGUGGAAUGUGCUAUUUCCAAUUUCAUGAGAGCUACCUUCUUAUGGAAGAAAAGUUGUAGCUGCUCUCCUUGUUUUCUUCUUUCUGUUUUUAUGGUUGUUUUGCAACGGGUGGCAUUGAAACUGUGAUGGCCACGUGUAGUCUGAAAUGACACAAUCCCUUCAAAAGCCUUGGCAUUCUUCCGCCCUGUUUUGUUGCAUGUGUGAUUACUUCUUCCUAAAGCUUUGCUCCUGUAAAUGUGAUGUUUUUGUAGGGUAUUAGGACUUCUUACUUCCCCUAAAUGAUACUUGCUUUCUUUAGGUUGGUUAUUUAGGUACUUGACAGUCACUGUAAAACCAUUCCUUGUUUCUACUUUACCCCCUCCAUUUUCUUAUGUUAAUUAAGUUCAAGCAUGUGUAGUUCCUUCUGCUGAAGAGUCGUUUUAAGAAUAAAAAGUUUGUAACCA